UGGCUCCAGAAGACCUACUGGUGCCGCCAACUGGAGAACAGCCUGAGAGAGACCUGGGAGCUGGAGGAGGAUAGGGAAGAGACAGAUGAAGAAGACCCAGAGGAAGAUAAAAAUAUUGUUGUUGAUGACAUCACAGAACAGAGACCAGAGCCUAAGGAUAAAGGGAAAGAAAGAGCCCGAGAACUGCUGGUAUUAUACGAAGAGGAGCAGUUUAAGGGAGGCUGUGUUGGAUGCUUUUCUAGAUGAUGGCUUUCUCAUCCCCACAUUUGAGCAGUUGGCAGCUUUGCAGAUAGACUAUGAAGAAAACGUGGACCUGAAUGACAUCCUGGUGCCAAAGCCGUUCUCUCAAUUCUGGCAGCCUCUGCUCAGGGGCCUGCACUCCCAGGCCUUCACGCAGGCCCUGCUGGAGAGGAUGCUCUCCGAGCUGCCAGCCUUGGGGGACAGCGGGAUCCGGCCCACCUACAUCCUCAGAUGGACCAUUGAACUGAUUGUGGCUAACACCAAGACUGGACGGAAUGCCCGCCGAUUUUCUGCAAGCCAGUGGGAAGCGAGAAGGAGCUGGAGGCUGUUCAACUGCUCUGCCUCCCUUGACUGGCCCCGGGUGGUUGAGUCCUGCUUGGGCUCACCUUGCUGGGCCAGCUCCCAACUCCUUCAGCUUGUCUUCAAAGCCAUGGGACAGGUCCUUCCAGACGAGGAGCAGGAGAGACUGCUGCGCAUCUGUUCCAUUUAUACCCAGACUGGAGAGAACAGCCUAGUACAGGAGGGCUCAGAGGCCUCCCCCAUUGGGAAGUCUCCUUACACACUGGACAGCCUGUAUUGGAGCCUCAAACCAGCUGGUUCCUUUGGAAUUGAAGGAGAACCCCAGCAGCAGGAGGAGCAGGGUAGCCUUAAUGAUCUCAAGAAAGAUGAAAAGGAGGAGAAAGAUCUGGAAGGUCAGGUGGAGGAGGAAGAGGAAAAUGAUGACCAGAAGUGGGAGGAGGAAGAGGAAGAUGAAGAUGAUGAAGAUGAGGAGGAGGAGCAGGAGGAGGAGGAGGAGGAAGACCGAAUGGAGGUGGGGCCUUUCUCUACUGGGGAGGAGUCUCCCACUGCUGAGAAUGCCAGGCUCCUGGCCCAGAAAAGAGGAGCUUUGCAGGGCUCUCCAUGGCAAGUUAGCUCUGAAGAUAUACGAUGGGAUACCUUCCCCUUAGGCCUAAUGCCAGGUCAGACUGAGGACCCAGCAGAGCUUAUGCUGGAGAAUUAUGACACCAUGUAUCUUUUGGACCAGCCUGUGCUAGAGCAGCGGCUGGAACCCCCAACAUGCAAGAUUGGCACCCUCGGCUUGAGCUGUGGCGUGGGCAGUGACAACUGCAGCAACAGUAGUAACAGCAGCAGCAACUUGGAGGGCCUUCUCUGGAACCAGGGCCAGAUGCAUGGACUCAAAACUGGCUUGCAGCUCUUCUGAUGCCCACUCUGGUGCAAAGGGUUUAUCCAGCCCUGCAGGGGCAACAGCCCAUUCCCUGCCCCUGUUGCCCCCGCUGCUCCCGCCCCCACCAGUGCACCUGAUGCUCCAUGAAACAACCUGGGAGACAGCCCACUUCAGCCGUAUCAGCUCAGCUUUCUGCCACAAUGGAAUUUUGAAUAUGUUCUGGGUUUUUUAAAUUUUGUUUUGAAAAACAAUAAACAGGCAACUGUUA